CGGCCAUCAGCGGAGGCGCACAGGGCUGGGCGCGUUUGGAUGGAGCUGCUGUCGAGUUAAAGGACGGUUUAACUUAACUGUUUGUCACAUCCAGAAGAAUAAUGUCAGAUGGUCAGAGGGACAACACGGAGGAAGGUUUGAGGAUGGACGAAGACAGUCCCAUGAUCGGCAGGGUGGAGAGGACUUUUUGGACAGUUUGGUCCUACAUAACUGGAGCUGUGAACAGAUUCUUCAGGCCAGAGCCCACUAACAUCACCGGCAAUGAUCCAAACUCCAUCCAGGAUUCAGCAGUUGACAGUGAGCCCGCUAACUGUGGCCACGCAGAGGGGGACACCAGUGGAGGAGGGGUGGAUGAGGAACAGCCUGUUGCGACAGCCGCUCUGCUUAGCUCAUCUCGGCCACUUGUGGCCUGGGAGAUUUGCACCACAGAGAUCAACUUAGGGCCUGAUGAAGAAAGCGUGCCGUGCGAAACCCAGCUGAGCAGAGGCAGCGAGAGCGAAGCAUCUCAGGAAGGUGAGGGCACCAGAGAGGAACAGUUGGGCCGAGCAGGAAAUGAUGAUGCAGGGGUGCUCUUUGCUCAAGACGACAAACGAGAAGAAAACGGAGAUGAGAAAUUGCACACUCGCAGACAAGAUGUGAUGCCAGAGAACGGUGAGACAGAAGAGCAUGCCAACGUCAGGUCACUAAAAACUACAGGUGAUGCAGUGAGCGAAGACAUUGAGGAAAGUAGAGGAGGUGCUGAGGACACUGAGAGGGCGGUGACACUGGAUGAAACCAUCCAACUAAAGGAAGCAGAGGAUAAAAUGCAGCAUGAGGAUGAACAAGAUUUGCAGGCGGAAGACAGUGAGGUAAAACUGUGUCUGACUGCAGAUUUGACCGCAGUAGAAGAGGAUAACAUGCACGUGGAAGAGUCGAAGAUGCAGCGGAACGAGGCAGAUACAGCGGUGAUGCAUGAGGAAGUAGGAAACACUGAUGGUGUGCCACAGCUGGCUUCUGAGAGUGAGUCCGAUGAGGGAGCGAGACAAGUUGAGCAUCAGCUCUCAGCCUGUGAAGACUCAUCAGACGACCACAGAGAUUUCAAGGAGGACCCAGGCUUUAGUCCACUGCUUGUUGAAUUACAAAUGACCUACGACAAAAGCAGCAUUGUGUCUGAGGAUGAGCUAACUGCUGUCGAGCAACAGCACGUGAUGGCUCGAAGAAGUGAAAGUGAUGAAGUUGAGGAUACGAAAGAUGAGACGGAUGGUAGCGCCUUGGAUGUGAGUGAGGCUGCAAACAACCAGACAAUGGAUGAAGCUCCAGAGCAGGAAGACGUCAUUAAAACACUUGCUGGAGUCAUCGUAUCUGAACAUGUUACAUAUAGGGAAGAAGCCAUGCAGCAUUCACCAGAACAAAAAGACGACAUCAAAACAGUUACAGAAGACAUUUUAACUGAACAUGUUACACACAGCGAAGAAGUCAUGCAGAAUGCUCCACAAAUGGAGGAAGAAAUCAAAACCGUUACAGAGGAUAUCAUCAGUGAACAUGUUAUGAGCAGCGGUGGAUUUGUGCAGAAUGCUCUAGAGCAGGAAGACGACAUUGAAUUUGUGCAGAAUGCUCCGGAGCUAGAAGAAGAAAUCAAAACAGUUACAGAAGACAUCAUCACUGAACUUCUUAUAAGCAGCUGCGAAUUUGUGCAGAAUGCUCUAGAGCAGGAAGACGACAUCGAAACAGUUACAGAGGACAUUUUAACUGAACAUGUUACAUGCAGCGAAGAAGUCACCCAAAACGCUCCUGAGCAGGAAGACGACAUUUUAACUGAACAUGUUACAUGUAGUGAAGAAGUCACCCAAAAUGCUCCUGAGCAGGAAGAUCACAUUUUAUCUGAACAUAUUACAUGCAGCGAAGAAGUCAUGCAGACUUUCCCUGAGCAGGACGAUGACAUCAAAACAGAUACUGAAGACGACAUUUUAACUGAACAUGUUACACGCAGUGUAGAAGCCAUGCAGAAUGCUCCAACGCAGGAAGACGAAACCAAAACACUUACAGAAGAUAUUUUAACUGAACAUGUUACAUGUAGUGAAGAAGUCAUGCAGAAUUUCUCGGAGCAGGAUGACGACAUCAAAACAGAUACUGAAGACGACAUUUUAACUGAACAUGUUACAUGUAGCGACGAAUUUGUGCAGAAUGCUCCCGAGCAGGAAGACGACAUUGAAACAGUUAAAGAAGAUACUUUAACUGAACAUGUUACAUGUAGCGAAGAAGUCACCCAAAAUGCUCCUGAGCAGGAAGACGACAUCAAAACAGUUACAGAAGGCGACACUUUCACUGAACAUGUUACACGCAGUGAAGAAGUCACCCAAAAUGCUUCUGAGCAGGAAGAUCACAUUUUAUCUGAACAUGUUACAUGUAGCGAAGAAGUCAUGCAGAAUUUCCCGGGGCAGGAUGAUGACAUCAAAACAGAUACUGAAGCCAACAUUUUAACUGAACAUGUUACAUGUAGUGAAGAAGUCAUGCAGAAUUUCCCGGAGCAGGAUGACGACAUCAAAACAGAUACUGAAGACGACAUUUUAACUGAACAUGUUACAUGUAGUGACGAAUUCGUGCAGAAUGCUCCCGAGCAGGAAGACAACAUCAAAACAGUUACAGAAGGUAUUUUAACUGAACAUAUUACAUAUGGCGAAGAAGUCAUGCAGCAUUCACCGGAGCAGGAAGACGACAUUAUAACUGAACAUGUUACACACAGCGAUGAAAUCAUGCAGAACACUCCCGAGCAGGAAGAUGACAUUUUAACUGAACAUGUUAUAUGUAGUGAAGAAGUCACGCAUCAUUCACCAGAGCAGGAAGACGACAUCGAAGCACUUACAGCAGAUGUUUUAACUGAACGUGUUACAUGCAACGAUUACAUCAUGCAGAUUGCUCCAGAGCAGGAAGACGACAUCGAAGCAGUUACAGAAGAUGACAUUUUAACUGAGCAUGUUACACACAGUGAAGAAUUCAUGCAGAAUGCUGAGUCAGAGCUGCACACAGCUGACUUUGCAGAUGUAGAACAAGAGGAUGUGGCUGAAGACACUGAAGUGCAAACCAAAUCAAGAGAGGCAGAUGAUGUCGAGACAGAAAGCCAUGGCUCUCUGAUCGAUACAAACUCUGAUAUCACAACACACACUUCAGUAGAUGAGAGUUAUUUUGCUCAAGUAGAAGAGGAGAGUCUCUCCAGUGAAGCAGUCAACAAAGAAAGUGACAUGGAAAUAGCAUGUACAGCCACCUCAGUUAUGGAUAAACCUGACGGCGAGACUGGACAGGAAAUGAGCGGAGAGUUUAAAAAUAUUCCCCAGAGUAUGUGUGAAGGCCGUGUUGUUGUGUCGGAGGAGCUAAACUCUCCGACAUGUGAGGAAACACGAGAGGGAGUUCCUGAAUACAACAAUGAGCCAGAUGAAAAUACAACACAAUGGUUCCUGGAGGACGAAGGUUACGAGGAAAUCCAGGGCAGCCCAUUACCAGAAGAGGUGGAGAGCAAAGAGCCGGAGAGCCUUCAAAACAGCGGCUGGAGCGCCGGAGCUGACUGUUUACUGGUGAGGGAGCAUAUGGGAGAGGAACAAGGUGUUAAGAAUAGCUUUGGUUUGGUUGUGGAGGAUCACGCUGAAAUACUGCGGCUCGCUGAUGCUGGAAUGCCACAAGAAACAGAGACACCACUUGUUGAAACAGUAAUUCAAGGAUCUGGACAUUUAGUUGAGGUAGAGGACAGAGAAUUACUAGUUGAUUCAAUGAAGACGGGGAUCGAGGAGGAAACAGAAAAGGAAUCUGAGUCAGACGUCGAAUCAACAAACAAGGACGAUAAGGCAACAGAAGAGCCGCAAGAUGGGACUGAAGAGCUUUUGGUCAAUCUAGAAAAAGACGAAGGAUUGUGUGAUUCCAAAGUAGCUGUUGCCGCUGGAGUUGGCUGGGAGACGACAGGAGCUUUAGCAGCACAGGAAGUGCUCGAAGAUGACACUUUCCCUGAGGCUGAAGUACAGAAGAUGACAGAGACAAGCUACUUUCAGGGAUUGGUCGAUGUCAUGAACUCGGAGCAACACCUGACAUCUAGUUUACUAGAUGACAUUACUGAAUCUGAAUUCCUGAAACACUCAGAUGAGACUGAGUCUAUAUUACUUGAAGAUGUAGAAAUACAAGAUGCAGGUUAUGCAGUUGAGAUGGAGGCAGCAGCGGAUGAAAUGCAAGGCAGAAAUGAGAUGGAGAUUUUUCAUCUGCAGGCAACUGAAAUGGCUGAAUCUGAAUUGUCUGGACCAGUUGAGUCACUGGAGACAAAAAAUCAACUAUCCGACAAAGUGCUUGAGAUAAGCAAUGAGGAGAUGCUACCUGAAGCCCCUGGUGAAUCAAUGACGGCCCAGUCUGAACCACAAGAUUUGAUUUUGAUAUCAACAGAGGAUACAACAAAGCAUGUGACAGAAUCAGGGGGGAGUCACGCUGAGGAAACAGUUAGCUCAAUCAGUGGACGUGCGGAUGUGAUUGAUGAAGAGAUCCCCGACUUGUGGGUACAGACGGCUUCGUCGGAGGACAAUGAUGGCAUACAGCAACAAGAAGGGCCAGAGCCUGGACAACAAACGGAGCCAUCAAAUGAGGAACAAGGUGAAAUAUCAUCAGCACAGACAGAGAAGGAUGAAGAGCAGCUUGUGGAUUUAGUGAGUGACACAGAGAUGUCUUCAUCAACAGUAGAGUCUGGAUUUUUGGACCAGUCUCUUGGUGAAUGGGGCACACAAAGCAAUGAAACCCAGCAACCAAAGUCAGCUAGCACCGAGUCAUUCCAAGGAAUUCAUGAGAUGUUGGCAGACAUCUCUGAAUCCUCUACACAACACUCCGAUUUUCUGAUGGAGGAAACCGCUGAGACAGAUCUGAAACAGGAUGAGUCAAUCACUGCGACAAGAUUUCACCCAGAUUCCGGAGUCACGUCACCAGAGAAAGAAGAUCUGAAUCAGGAAUCUGAUAAAUCACAAGAAGAAACCGAGGAAGAAAGAGUUGAAGCAGUGGAGACUGAAACUGGAUCGCAGAAAGAGAUCGAUGCUGAGGAGGCAGAAUUAGCAGAGAAAACUGACUGGAAAGACACAGAAGAAGCAGAUGUUCAGUCAGACAAAGCAGAAACUGAAGAUGAGCCUUUAGAAAUGUCUGACUCUCCAGAUGAAAUCAAACACACUGAAUCGGAACGAUCUGGAAGCAGCUCAGAGGCUUCGUUAGAGGAGGGAGUAGUGUUGACAGAAUCUGGUUCACAGGACGACACCUGCACUGAAUCCGAGAGGUUAUCGAUGUUGUUCUCACUGGACGAACCACAGCCCAGACAAUCAGAGGAUAUUGCUGAAUCAGAAGCUGGGGCUGAGGUGGCAGAACAGCUGACGACAAAGUCUGAAGAUGAAAUGGAGGUGGACACUUUUGUGCUGGACUUUACUGUGCAAAGAUCAAGAAUCGCUGUUAAAAACCCUCGUGUAAGGCCACCCAAAGAUCCCCGCUCCCUUCUGCAUAUGCCCUCAUUGGAUCCCACACCCUCUGUACCUCGGCCAGCCAAAGUCCCUAUAGGUGUACCUCUGGGAGGCAUGGGCAUUGGAAUAAAACUUCCUGGACUUGGUGCUGGUUUUCCCGUUCUAAAGAAGACUCAGCGGGUGGUUAGAGAUGAAAAUAAACCAGAAACCCCCUCAGAGCAGGAGACAAAGCCAGAGGAGAAGAGUGACACUCCCAAACAAGAUGAAGCACCACACAGACCUAAAUGGAUGCCACCAAAACAUCCAGGAUUUGGAAAUCCACUUAUGUCUGAGCUGAAGAGCAAACUGAAGAAGACCACAAAAGAGUGAGGAGGAGAAGAAGAUGGAUUGUAGUUAAUACUUUGUGUGGAUAUUUGAAUAUAAUAUACAAAUGGCUUUAUUUUUGGUGUAUUUAUGAAACUGAAUACAGUGAUGACAUUUUCAUUGUGUCAAUUAUUUUCUGUAUGUUUUGUAAUAAAGCUUAACUGAAAAAA